AUGCUUGAAGAAGAAACCUGUUAACAUACUAAGUUAAUGAGCCAUUGCCAUCAAAUAUUUAAAUAUAUUUACAAUUGUUACUCAAUUUAAUAAUAACACACAUCACUUAGGAUAUUAAAAAAUGAAAAAUACUUAAUUAAGAAUACGAAAAUUGUUAAUUUGUUGGCUAUUAAUUUCAUCCAAAAAAUUGUAUAAAGGAAUUCCUUCUCUAGAUAGGCAACAAAUCAAUAUAUGAUCCUAAAUCACAUCCUUUUUCAAGGAAUUUAAUAAGAUAAAUUAUUAAGCUUUAAGAACCAUAAAAAAAGUUUUAUCUGUUAUAUUAGCUGAAAAUUCAUCGACUCAGAACUUAUAAUAUGGAGGAAAAAGAAAAUCAAAACUUAAAUUUUGUGGAGUAGUUCAAUAUAAAAUCGAAUGAUUUAUUUAUAGACCAUUAGAUUUAGUAUUAAUAGAAGAAAAAAAUUGGCGCUAUUUGA